CAACACGGAAGAUGAUAUUCCUCAUACUCAGCACAGUGUCCACCCUGAUUGCCAGAAACUGGAAGACCCCCACUCUUCCUUCAGUCUCAGAAAUCACAACCCUAAUGUCUGCAACGGUAGACUACGAACUCCUUAUGUGGAACCAAAUGAGCAUAGGGAAACUAAGCCCAACCAUUGCCGAGAUGUGGGGAAACCACAUACAAAAAUCAACAACACCUACACAAAACAGCACAGCCUAACGCGACACAAGGCUAACUUGACCGAGAAAAAUACUGCCAAUUCAGACCCCGACUAG